GCGGAACAACAGCGGCAGCGGAUGGUAGAGAUUCGGCUUCGGUUGCCAGCCUCAAACCGAGAUUUGUUACUGCUUUCUAUGCUUAUGUGAAGCGAAAGGUGACAUUGUCUUGUAUGGAAUGACAACCUCGCAGAGAUAUAUUGAAUCGAAACCAGCAGCUCGCUUUGCUGAUAUGGAGUGGCAGACACCAGCUGUGUCCGAGAAGUUCCAAAGCCGUUUUGGACACCGGCCUGGAACAUCGGACAGUGGGGACACUGGUCUUGGCACCUCAGCAUCUGACAGCACAGAAGACUUCUGCAGUUCCAGCAGCAGCCCCCCUUUCCAACCCAUCCGCAGUCAGAUCCCCAUACCCACUGCACAUGUCAUGCCAUCCACGGCCGGAGCCCCGGCCUCUAAGCCCCAGUCCUGUGUCCAGGGGGACACCCUUUCCUCCGUUGAGGGUCACAGGUCUUCCUCUGGCUCCAGAACCCCGAGUGGCUCGACCUCCAAGUCUUCCUCUCUCUCCAAAUCAGCAUCCUCACCCAACUUGGAUGCUCAGGCCAGUGUUGGAGGUGAUCUUGGAGGGCCAAAGCCAGACUGCCUGAGCCGCUACCGCAGCCUUGUCAAUGGGCUGGACCACUCGCUCUUCCCCUCGGAUCACACGCGGGUGGAUGAGGGCCAGAGGUUUGACACUCCUGCUGUGGAGCCUACGCUAAAUCAGUCAGCCCUGCUGGGGGGGUUUUGCCCUGAUGUCAGACUCCGAUUACAGGCGACCGGGAUAAGAGACACCUCAGACUGUGUGUCUGAGGCCUACAGAGGAGGCAUGGAGCACAGCUAUAAGGUUCUUCCUGAAGCCAGGCCCGGGGUUCCUGGCACAGCAGAAACCUCUAAUCAGAGGGGCAGUCAGCCUGGUGCAGCCGGAUCCCCUGGAGUUUAUGCAAACCCUCUCAGCCUGCAGACACAGACUAUGCUGAGGGAGCAUGCAAGCUCCAAGGGUUAUGAGCCAUUGCGGCAGGACAGAUGUAGUGAAAUGUCCAGCUGGCAGCAACAACAGCAGCAUAAGCAGCAACUGGAGAGUUUACGCCUGCAAGUGGAACAAAUGCAGUUGAUGAGCGCUGGAGUGGGUCAGUACCCAUCUAUGUACUCAACGCCCACUCACUCAGAGUCUGGCAAGUGGGAUGCUCUGGUCAAAGCCAGUGAGAGUCUGCUAAAGGAGAAGGAGCUAAUAAUUGAGAGACAAAAGCAGCACAUGACCCAGUUGGAGCAGCGUCUGAGGGAAAGCGAGCUGCAAGUCCAUGGAGCCCUCUUGGGCCGAGGAGCUUCUUAUGGGGAUAUGUGUAUGCUGCGGUUACAGGAGGCUCAGAGGGAGAAUGUUUUCCUGAGGGCGCAGUUUACUGAGCGCGCCGACUGUGCUGCCCUGGAAAAAGCGGAGGCAGAGCGCAGGCUGGGGGCAGUUGAGGCGGAGACACGCCGACUCACUGACAGCCUGAAGGAGACCUGUGAGAGACACGCGGAGGAGAUGAAGAAACAGGAAGAGAGGAUUCGCAGUCGAGACAAGCACAUCAACAACCUGAAGAAGAAGUGUCAGAAGGAGUCUGAGCUGAAGAGGGAGAACCAGCAGCGCAUUGAGACUCUGGAGCGCUAUCUAGCUGACCUUCCCACCUUGGAGGACUACCAGAGCCAGAACAAGCAGCUUCUCGAGGCUGAACAGCAGGUGGCUCAGCUCCAAGAGAAAGUGCGAGAAUUGGAGGUCUGUCUAGAGACGACACGCUCACAACUACGGGAGAAAGACACACAUCUGGAAGAACAGAAACGCAGGGAGAGAGACCUGCUGACCACCAUUACCGACAUGCAGCAGCGGGUACAGCAGGGCCUUGAGGAUGGAGCCAGACUGCCCUCCCUGGACAUUGAGAAGCUCAGAGGAGAAAACAACACUCUGAGGGAGGAGCAGCAGAGACUUAAGAAGGUCAUUGAGAAGCAGCACCGAAUGAUGGAACAGCUUGGCUCCCAGAUCCAGGCUUUGGAGGAGCAGAUAUCUCAGGAAGAGAGUAGCUCUCAGGCUCUCAGAGAAGAGGUGCUGGCCAAAGAGCAGAAUAUGUUUGAGCUCCACACAGCCAUGAAGGAGCUGUCAUCCCAGAACCAGGAACUGAUGGAGCAGAAUCUUAACCUGCAGGAGCAAAUGAGCGACCCAGAGCAGAGGAGCACUAGCCAGGCCUCCUCUGCCCUGCAGCCAGCUGGAGCUCGCCUUACACAGAGGCUACAUGUGGAGAUCGCUUCCUGCCUCAGUGAACUGCGCUCCCUGUGCAGCAUUCUGACCCAGAGAGCUCAGGGACAAGACCCCAACCUCUCCCUGCUGCUCGGCCUCACAUCGCCCCCAACAGUGUCAGAGCAGGCCGAGGACUGGAUGAGUCCAGAGGUGCUGCAGAAGAAACUGGUUGAAGCUCAACAGCUCCGUCGAGACGUUGAGGAACUACGCAACGUAAUACUGGACCGUUACGCGCAGGACAUGGGAGAAAACUGCAUCACCCAAUAACCUUGGCACCCAGGUGAUGGAAUAAACUUGCGUAAGCCCCACUUCACCUCUGACGCAUCUAAAAUGGGCUCGUCUUUCACUCACUGAAUGUCGGAAAGAGGACUGGAUGUUAAUUUUCUUUAAAUGAGGACAGAGGAAAGCCCAAAUGGUUUAGCUUCUCCUUCUCUCAGCUGACUGUGCAUCGAUUCUCGAGCCUGCCUGUAGCUCAGAACCCUCCCCACCCCCCCGGUGAGUUCAUCUAUUUCAGUCCAAGGGCUAACAGAAAAUAACUUACCUCUAAUACUUGAUCCUUAAGCAUUGUGUGUCUGUGUGUGCGUGUGUGUGUGUUUUUGUUUUUUUUUUUAAUGAUGAUGACAUGAUACUGUCAGUUAACAGUCUUAUACUUUUUGUUCCACCUUAGUGGAUAAGUAUUUGUAUAGGAGUCCCUUAUAUGUAAUUUAUUUAAAUCUUAAUUUCCCUCUGAGGGGAAUUAUUGAAGAAGUGGUUGACAAUCAACUGAAACUAUUUUAAUCUGUGCUUUUAACUGAAUUCACAAGGAAAAUGUUACUAACAAGCCAUUAUUUAAAAUGGUGAAUACAGUAACAUAAGACUGUGCUGUGAGGUAUAAGACUUGACAACCAAAUGGUUUAAUACCAAAUCAGCUUCUCACACCAACAGGCCUCCCAACAGUUUUACUACCAAAGAAACUCUGGUCGAAGCAGUUGUGCAAGUCUGUGAAUGUUUGUGCUGCAGGCCUUGUUCUGAAUGAAUACCAACUGUGUGCCUUUCUGUCACAUUUGCAACCACAAUGCUAAUUCAUUUUUAGACCAACCGCAAAGGGUUGUUUACAGCUGACUCUUCCAACAUGAUCUUUGUCUCAGUGUAUCAACCAGUAGGAUAGUCAAUACAUUCCCUGACUCUGAAUGUAGCAGAUAACUCUGGGCCUCUUCACAGAGCUCGUGGAGGCCCCCUACACUGUUGUUUUUUUUGGUUCCUGUUAGAUAAAUGAAGUUGAAACUCUUCAGUCUGUGUGAUGUUUGUAGAAUCUGCUCCUGUAGAUGAAUAACAGUAUACUGUACAUUUCAGGUUGAUAUUGGCUGACUGGCAUUCGACAGUAUUAAUCUCCAGUAUUAUUUAUUUUCUUUGUCUGCAUUGACAACUCAGUGAGUCCUCCUAAUGUGUUGCUGUAACAAUGUGCUGAUGUGUUCGAGCAAACUUGGCAUCCACAAUGUGUAAAGGUCCCAUGAAGUGGCUUUUAGAUAGUACUUUUCUCCUGUGAUUUGACGUGUGUCAUAGAAGAUGAGAUGUUGGCACUGGAUUUAGUGUCGGGCGGGACAAAGAUUGGCAGCAGUCAUUGAGGAUCCUUCACCUUCUUCAGGUGGAUGGAGGACUUGUUUUGAGCCCACGUGAUGAUGAUGGGAGGGGUUGGCUGGAUCACCCCGAAAUUACCAAUCACAUGGUACUGGAUGGAAUUUUCUAUUUGCCCUGAGUGCAGGAUAAGCCAUUUAAAAUAACUUGCCACUUUACAGGAGGAGAAAGGGAUUAUAUUAUAAAAAUAUGCAACAAUGACCUUUUUUCUUUGCCAAAAAUUGUACAGGACAACACACGCAGGGACACACAAGCCAUUUUUCAUUUCAUGGGACCUUUUUAACAACUCAAUUAGCACAAGAUUUAUCUUUGGAAAGUCAGGCUCCGCAUGCCUUAACAUCUCAAAUGUUUUUGCAAAAGGGAAAAAGAUGUUUAUAUUUUCAUACUUUUGUCCUUGUUUGUAUUUGCAUAUUUUAGAAAUAAAGAUUUUUGACAUUUUGUUUUCAUUUA